CUUCGAAAAUUAUAAAAAGAUUUUAUUAUCCCACUUGGAAUGGAGUGGGCCGAAGACCAUAACAAGGCGAAUUUACCUUUUCCUAGCUGUGCGCUGAAAUGGGUGAUCAACGCCUCGAGCUGCCUCCCUUGUCGCCAGAGGCAUACAGGUGGGAGAGAUCAUCAGAAGACCCCAUUACCCUACAACGUCGCGGGAAUGGUGCCGAGACUACAUCCGGUACUAAAGAGCGCAAUGCGAAAGGAGACAUAGAUAUUUGGACGCUUAUAAUCCUUCAUGUCCAUGAUAUCCCUACAACCUCCACACUAUCCUUAUUCACUCUAGAAGAGAAGCUUCAAGCAGCACUGCUGGAUAUACGAUUCGAACACCCAGAGGUAGCGUGCACUGCCUUAUGGGAUGAUAAUCUUGGCCCUUUGUACCAAUAUGUACCACCGAGGGAUAGCGAAGACGCUCUCGCAUGGGCCCAAGAGGCAAUCCAAGUCCGUGCCACCUCAAAAACCGGCAAUGAUAUACGAUUGGAAAUCGAGAAGCAACGGAAAGUUGACGGCACCGGCGCAACGAAGUCGGUAACCAUCUAUGCAGUUGCCGACGUCGCUGACAAGAACGUACCACUUAUUCCGGGGACAAGCCUGGAAAUACUAAUACAUAUGAAUCACUUAUACUGGGAUGGAAAGGCCGUCCGAUUAUUUGCCGGAGACCUAGUUCGCAAGUUGAGUCAGGAUCUUAGCUCAAAGCAAAAACAGUACAAAUGGGGAGAGGAGGUCGGCAAUCUCAGUGUGCCAGUCUUGGACGCUAUGAACCUCGAUAUAUGUUCUUUGGACGGUAGCUUCGAUAUGGCACAGGAGAAAUAUGCUAGGGGUCUUCUUCGUACACAAUCAAGUUGGGGACUCAAAUUCAAACUAGGCGAGGGCACUCCGUGUGCCAUCUUCCACAACUUCACUGUCACUGAAAGUAAAGCCAUCAUUUCUGCCCUUAAACGUCGCUUUGGUCCGAAAUAUACGAUUACCCACUUAGGUCAGGCCGCCGUUGUUCUUGCGCUACUCAAAGCCAAUCCACCGCCUGACUAUGUCUUUGGCGGCCAGUCGUUCAUAACAGUACCGCCCGUUGAUGGCCGUCGAUGGCUGCGAGAAGACCACGUCAAGGACUAUUAUGGUAUCUGCCUGACAGGGGCGGUAAUUGAAUUUGAAGACAUCGGAUCUCUUAUGGUCGACGAGAACGACAAAGACGCAGUCAUUGAGGCGCUUGGGGCGGGAUGCCGUAUCACCAAGGAAGCAUAUGAUCGAUGGAUGAGCAACCCAUUUCAAUUGCCCCUGGGCGUCUCGAUGUAUAACUUUUUAGCCACCUCCAUGUCUUCGAACCAAGCGCCAAUGCCUACAGUGGCAGGCCCGUUAUUCGUAAGUGACGGGUUGAAUGACCACGUAGUUCCGGGAGAUAUCGUGAGCCCCACCACUGGGGAGAAGCUUAUAUCUCUUGAUCGCGUUAACGUGUUUCAUAAUCAGUAUCUGCCGUAUAUGUAAGUCUUUACCCUAACUACUGGCUCUACACGCUUGGUAGACCCUUGACUGACCCACUUCUAGCUUGCUCCGACUUGAGAGCUGGAAAGGCGCCAGUACUCUAUCUUUGUGCUAUAAUGACGCGUGUUACAAUGCUUCUGAGGCUACGGCCUUUCUGGAUGAUGUAGUAGGUUAUAUGAUGGCUAUUUUGUAAUAGAAACUUUGGUGAGCGCCUAGGCCGCAUGUUCAGGAAAUGCAAUAUACAUUCGUUGAGUUGUAGCUUAUAGGCUGUUGUGGAAUCUCAGGCGUAGGGAGCUGUCGUACCGGCUACAGGCUCAUCAGGUGACAGUGUUUGCGCCGAUGGUGUUGUUUGC